CAUGACAUCGACGUUAUCUGUCUUGUACACAAAUUUGCGUUGUAACAUCUUUGCAUGAAAUUGCGUUGUAAUCUGUGUUUUAUUUGAGAUUCAGAAGCAAUUAUGGCUACAGCUGGAAUACCCAAGCGUUCUUCUCGGCUAGCUUCCCGUGAACCGAUUGCGAAGGCUAUAUCAGAAAGAAAACUCAGAUCUGGGAAAGCUAUUAGUAUCAAUAAAAGUGUGCAAAAAGUUAAUAUUAGUGCGAGAAACAAAAAAUUGCGUGUGUCAGUGAAAGAUGCACCUCAAAAUAGUAGCCAGUCGUUAUCAAAACGCUUACGUCCUCGUAAAAAUAAAAGAAAUUAUUGUGAGGAUUCCAAGUUGCUGCAAUUACAUAUUCCAUCAAAGCAACAAAACAGUAUGGUAAUAUUAGAGAAGUUAAAUUUGACUGAUAAUAAAAAAGUACCUGUGUACGAAACAAUAAAGUCUUUUGAGAAAUCUUUGAAAGAGAAGAAUGAUGAUGUAUAUGACUUUACAUUUGAUAGUGAUAACACAGAAGAGAAAAUUGCUAAGAAGAGGAAGAGGAAAAGGAAUGUUAACAAAGCAAAAGGCAAAGUUAAGAAAUCUGUACGUAAGAAAGUUAUACAAUCGAAACCAAUGACUAAUAAAACAAGUAAACCUCCUGAGCUUGAUACAAAACUUCCUGCUCGAAGUAAUUCUUCAGAACCUGCAGAAUCAGUAAUUAUGAAAUCAACAAAGAAAAGUAUUAUGGAGAAGCCUAAAACAGAUAUGGUUAUUCAGAAACUAGAAGAAUCAGUGGAGGAAGAUAUCUCUAUAUCUAAAGCUGAAACACUAAAAAUAAAUACAGAUAUUCAGACAGCUAAAAAAUCAAUAAAAGAAGAUGGCGUGAAGUUGAUGGAAACGUCAGGAUUAAAUAUAGCUAGUCAAAUAGCAGAAGAAUGGGUAAAUGAAGAUAUUAUGGAGAUGGAAACCAUCAAAAAGGAUACAAAUAUUCAAACUACAGAAGAUACAACUUUAGCUGACAGAACAGUCGCAAAUCAAGACGCAAGCAAGCCAAGAAUUAUCUCUAUCGAGAAUGCAGAUAAUAUCAUAAUUACUAAAUCACCUAGAAAUAUUGAGGACUUGCGGCCCUUUCGGCCAAAAAAUAUAUCUAACAAUAAGACGCCGAUGAAAGAAUCUACAAACACAUUGAAUUAUUCAUUAUUGACAAAAUCUCUGUCUCCUAUCUUGAAAACAUCAAACACCUUGAAUACUGAAAGUCCCUGGUGUCCUGCAACAGUGUCAAUGUUUUCUGGAACUAAACAUUUUUUGCAAAGUACACCAAAUACAAAUUUCAAAGUGCAUAAGCAAAAAAUGGAAAAAAAUAAAGGAAAUGCAGAGAUGAAGAAAGAAAAUGUGGAGAUAGAUAAAGAAAAUGUGGAUAUAAAUAAAGAAAAUAAAUGUAUAAAUCGCAAAGAAAGAAAAAAGAAAGCGAUUGGUAUUUAUAAGAAACAUAUACUUCUAAAAAAGAAACUUCCAAUGAAUCAGAUUUCAGAGAAUGUUCAGACUACAUAUGUAAACAAUCCUGUUGUAAAACCAGUGCCUGCCAGAAUGUUAUUUGGAGAAAUAAAGAAUUUACUACAGACAAACAAUAACAAAGAUGAGAAGCAGAUGAAGCCAGAUGUUAAUGAAAAUGGCAAACAACAGACAACACAUGCUGAAGCUGAUAUACUUUCAAUGGAAAAGAAUAAAAGUCUUGUGGAUCUUGUCAACUUUUCGGAUACAUUUGAUGUAAUGUCCGAUACUGAACGGCAAUCGAAUAUUGGAAUUGAUGUUCCUUUAUUCGUGGAUUUAGAACCCUCGCAUUUUGUGGAGCCACCUCAACAUUCAUAUAAGAGAAGACGUGGUGUAAGGUUCAACUUUUUACAAGAGAGUUGUGAAGAAGACGAAGAGGAGGAAGAAAAUAACAAACUGCAUGCAAAGAAAAAGAAAAAGAAACUUACAAAAACAGAAAAAGAGCAUACAAAAAGAGUGGAUGAUUGGGUAAAAAGUAUUAAUAGUACAUUCGAAGAAAUCGAUAAAUAUGAUUUACUCGUUGAAUAAUAUGAAAAACAUGCUGCUAAAACACAUAUCUGAAGAAACCUGCAAGUUCAAAUCUGUAUAAAAUCAUUCAGCAUGUCUCAUCAUCCUUUAAAUUAUACUUGAAAUUAUCCAUGAUGGAAUGCUUAAGUUUUAUGUUGCUAUUCUUUAUUGCUGUACUAUAUUUAUAUAAUCUUUGCACUUUAUGUAUAAAUAUAUAUUUAUAAUGAAAA